GGUCGAGACCUACCCUGUCACAAUCGUUGUCGGGCACACGGGGAGCGGGAAAACCACACAGCUACCCCAAUAUCUCGACCAAGCAGGAUGGUGCGCAGACGGGAAAGCCAUCGCAGUGACCCAGGUGGGACUUCAUCCAUCUUUCUCCCCUUCCCCAGUCACCAAACACUAACGGACUGCAGCCGCGGAGAGUGGCUGCCACCACGGUGGCAGCCAGGGUUGCGGAGGAAAUGCGUUGCAAGCUCGGCGAAGAGGUGGGCUACUCAAUUCGUUUUGAGGACCUGACUUCCGCUUCCACCAGAAUCAAAUUCCUAACGGAUGGCAUGUUACUUAGAGAGGCCCUGGUUGAUCCUCUACUAUCGCGCUACUCCGUCAUUAUGGUGGAUGAAGCGCAUGAAAGGUCUCUCAGCACUGAUGUCCUGCUGGGGAUCCUAAAGAAGAUCAUGAAAAGACGGCCGGAGCUUCGGGUCGUGGUCAGCAGCGCGACCCUGCAAGCCGAGGAUUUCCUGCGCUUCUUUGCGGGGGAAGACUUCGACAGUGAUGCCGAAUCUGGCGAAAUCGGAGGCAAGACGGGGAGAAUCAUCAGCCUCGAAGGUCGCACGUAUCCGGUGGACAUGCUCUUUCUUGAGUCUCCCGCCGAGGACUACGUCGAACGGGCCGUGAAGACCGUAUUCGACAUCCACCUGCAAGAGGCCGAAGGCGAUGUGCUGGUGUUCCUGACUGGCCGGGAGGAGAUCGACUCCGUGGUGCAGCUGAUCUCGGAACGCGCUGCAACACUGCAUCCUAAGGCGCAGAGCGUGCUGCCGCUCCCACUCUACGCGGGUCUCACCACCGACCAGCAAAUGUACGUGUUCGAGCCGGCGGCCGAAAAUACACGCAAGGUCAUCGUGUCGACCAACAUUGCCGAAGCGUCCGUGACCAUCAAUGGGAUUGUGUAUGUGGUUGACUGUGGCUUCGCGAAACUACGGGCCUUUAACCCCAAUACCGGCAUAGAAACACUGACGGCCGUGCCGAUCUCAAAGGCCGCUGCAGUUCAGCGCGCUGGUCGAGCAGGGCGAACAAAGCCCGGGAAGUGUUUCCGCCUCUAUACACAGCAGGCAUACGAGCAACUCCCGGCCGCUACUGUCCCGGAAAUUCAGCGAUCAAACCUUGCCCCGGUGAUUAUGCAGCUGAAAGCUCUGGGUAUUGACAAUAUCGUCCGGUUCGACUUCUUGACUCCACCCCCUGCCGAGCUUGUGAUCCGUGCAUUUGAGCUGCUGUUCUCGCUGGGGGCCGUCGACGACUACGCCAAACUCACCAAGCCUCAGGGGAUGCGGAUGGCCGAGCUGGCCGUCGACCCGAUGAUGGCCAAGGUUCUUCUCUCCGCACCGGCGUUUAACUGCCUGAGUGAGAUUCUCACCAUCGCUGCCAUGGUCAGUCUGCAGGGAAUUGUAUGGGUUCAGCAUGAGGGCGAUCGGAAGUCAUCUGAGAGCCACCGCAGGAAAUUCGCCGUCGAAGAAGGUGACCAUCUGACGUACCUCAACGUCUAUCAGGCCUUUGUCACCAGGGGAAAGAAGGACUCCAAGUGGUGUCGCGACAAUCUUCUCAACUACCGAUCUCUACAACGAGCCGUGAGUGUCAGAGGGCAGCUCAAGCGGUAUCUGGAGCGGUUCGGAAUCCAAGUCGAUGAGACACUCUCCGCGCGAUCCAGGCAAGAGGACACCAGUAAGCUGUCGGAGCAGAUUCGUAGGUGCCUCACCACAGGCUAUUUCGCCCAUGCUGCGAAGAUGCAGCCCGAUGGGACAUUCAAGACCGUCAGCGGAGGUCUGACCCUUCAUGCCCAUCCGAGCUCAUUGAUGUUUAAUCGCAAAGCCGACUGGGUCAUCUUCCAUGAGAUUCUACAGACGGGCGAAAAGACCUUCAUCCGAGACGUUACGAAGAUCGAGAAGACCUACCUUCUGGAAUAUGCUCCGAACUAUUACAAGGUUCAUUGAUCGGAGCCUAUCCUCAUGAUGACAUUGAACGAGACCUUUCCCAUAGACGUCCAGCGUUUAGUUAGCUAUUAGAGUGAUAUCCCCUUACGUUCCGGUAUGCCAGUUCUCAUAGUCAUGAUCAUCAGUAUGGCUGGCUAUCUGGCCGACGUAGCAAUAGAACCAAUUAACAAGAG